AUGGCCACCGCCGCCACAGCCUCGGAGCCCAUGCCCAAGCCCAUGCCCAUGCCAAAGCCAGCUGUCGAUGCGAAGGACUUCUACGGUUAUCUCUACGAGGCCAACAAGACCCCGACCAAGGUCCUCGACGCCCUCUUGCGCGCCAUCGCGCUGUACAUUAUCAACAACAUCGGCGACAAGCAGGACCAGACCCUUAGCCCUGCCAAGCUUGCUGCCUUCUACAAGGCCGUCGGCGGCGACUAUGACCGACUCUUCGUGAAUGCUCCAAACGAGUCCAUCUCCUUCAUCUGGCAGGUCUUUGGCUGCCAGCACACUCUCCAGCCUACGGAAAAUGACUACGAGGCACCCACCGUACCAUCCCUGACCCCUAGGGGCUUCGUCCGCUGGCAGUCCAUUCAGAUCCUGCUCGAGCCUGAGGAGCAUGUGCCCUACAUAAUGUUCGCGGUCAAGAAUUGGGACCUGAAGAAUCCCGACACCGGCGAGCCCUUCCCCAAGGACAUCUCUGCCACCGCUUUCCCUGCCGCGCCGGAUCCUGACAUCACCGCAUGGCAUGCAGCCUGCGGCGAGAAGCUCCGCAAGGAGGCGACACCAAAGGCCUCGCCCAGGCCGACCUUCCCGUCUGCGGCCGAUCGCAUGAAGGACGCAUACUCCCAUGUCCCAGCGCCAGACUCAGCAGGCGGGUCAGCUGCCCGACCCAGGCCAGCGAAUCUCGCAUCCGAUUACUUCAACCACCGCCCUCCGUUCUUCGCACAUGUCAGCCCAGGUCACACGUCGCGAUAUCCGAGGGGCGCUCCUCUGCGCGUGUCCCCCGAAAGGAUGGAGAGGGCCAGGAGGAACGGCUCUUCGGCAGAAGACAUAGCUCGGGAAGAGCGCGCGCGGCGACGGUCCUUCUCGGACUAUCCAUCUCCCCAGGAGCAGUUUUCAUCUCGAUGA